UCAGGAGCCCUCUGCCAAUCACCCCUUGCUGUGAGAAAUGGAUAAAAGCUGCAAAGCCAAGAGAAUCAUUAACAGAACAACAAUAGAGGUGAAGAAGGAAAUUAUUUCCAAACAUGAAAGUGGUGUCCGUGUAUGUGAUCUGGCAACGCAGUUUGGUAUUGCGAAAUCUACAAUUUCUACCAUCUUAAAAAAUAAAGAAGCCAUUAAAGGAGCCAAUGUUGCAAGAGGUGUUAAAACACUUACAAGACAAAGAACACAGACAAUUGAAGAAGUGGAAAAAUUGCUUUUCAUAUGGAUAAAUGAAAAACAGUUGGCCGGUGACAGCGUUUCUGAGAGCAUAAUUUGUGAAAAAGCUUUACAUUUGCAUGCUGACCUCAUCAAAAACACCCCUGGAACAAGUCCUGAGAGUGAUAUUUUCAAGGCAAGUAGAGGGUGGUUUGAAAAGUUUAAGAGGAGAAGUGGCAUACGCAAUGUGGUAAGACAUGGUAAAGCUGCCAGUGCCAACAAAGAAGAUGCUGACCAAUUUGUUUUGGAAUUUAAAGAUUAUGUAGAGGCAGAGGGUUUCCUUCCCCAACAAGUUUUCAACUGUGAUGAGACAGGCCUUUUUUGGAAGAAAAUGCCAAAGAGGACCUACAUAACAAAGGAGGAGAAAUCAUUGCCAGGACACAAGCCAAUGAAAGACAGGCUAACCCUUUUAUUUUGUGGGAAUGCAAGUGGGGAUUUUAAGUUGAAGCCUUUGUUAGUCUACCAUUCUGAGAACCCCAGGGUAUUUAAGAAAAACAAUGUCAUAAAAAGCAAAUUGCAUGUGAUGUGGAGGGCAAACAGCAAAGCUUGGGUGACCAGGCAAUUUUUUAUUGAGUGGGUUCACGAAGUGUUCGGGCCAAGUGUAAAAAAAUACCUCCAAGAGAAAAAUCUUCCAAUAAAGUGCCUGCUUGUUAUGGAGAAUGCUCCAGCUCACUCCCCAGGCUUGGAGGAUGAGUUGAUGGAAGAGUUCAGUUUUAUCAACGUAAAGUUUUUGCCCCCCAACACGACUCCUCUCGUCCAACCCAUGGACCAGCAGGUCAUAUCUAAUUUUAAGAAGCUUUACACCAAAGCACUGUUCCAAAGGUGCUUUGAGGUGACCUCGGACACAGAGCUAACCCUCAGAGAGUUCUGGAAGAAUCAUUUCAAUAUCCUACAUUGCUUACAUCUCAUAGACAAAGCAUGGAGGGAUGUGUCUCACAGAACAAUGAAGUCAGCAUGGAAGAAAUUGUGGCCAGAUGCUGUCCCUGAACGUGUAUUUGAGGAUGUUGAAGAGGAUGCUCCUAUUGUUGAGGAUAUUGUGUCUCUGGGAAAGUCCAUGGGCUUGGAAGUGAGUAGUGAUGACGUGGAGGAGUUAGUGGAGGACCACAAGACUGAACUCACCACAGAAGAACUUCAGCACAUCCUGACGGAGCAGCAACAGGCGGCAACUGAGGAACUGUCUUCGGAGGAGGAGGGAAGAGGAAGUGUUUCUACUGCACUGAUCAAAGAAAUGUGUGCAAAAUGGAUUGAAGUGCAAAUCUUUGUUGAAAAAUAUCACCCUGAUAAAGCUGCUGUAAGUCAUGCCACUAACACUUUCAAUGAUAAUGCUAUGUCUCACUUCAGACAAAUUUUAAAACAUCGGAAAAAGCAAAUGUCAAUUGAAAAAUGUUUAGUGAGGAAAAGAUCCAGUGAGUCUAAACCAGGUGUCAGUGGUGUAAAAAAAUCAAGGGAAGGAAUGGCAGAAGAGGAGUCACCUACAGUGAUUCUGGAAGAGGGCUACAGAACACCUGAACAGCAGUCACCUAUUGUGAUUCUAGAAGAGGACCACAGAACACCUGAACAACACUCACCUAUUGUGAUUCUGGAAGAGGACCACAGAACACCUGAACAACACUCACCUAUUGUGAUUCUGGAAGAGGACCACAGAACACCUGAACAACACUCACCUAUCAUGAUUAUUGAAGGGGACCCCCCAUCCAAACCAUGACUGUCAUCAUUGCAGGAAAAGGAUUGCAGACAAUGAAUAUUUGAUGAAGACAAUUCCCAAAGCUUUGAGGAGAAGCACUCCAUUCCAUUUACUCUGUCACCCAAGCUAGAGAGUCACCCUAACCCUUCCUCUCUUCCCUCAACACCCUAGUCACUCAAUCAUCAGGUCUUAUUGAUUUGAAUCUUUUAAAAUCUGUCCUUUCCUCUCCAUCCCAUGCCAGUGAUUAGUCCAGCACUUUGCCAUCUCUCACUUGGAACCACUUUAGUUUCCUCCAAGCUGGCCUCCCUGCUGUUUUUGCAGCCAUAAAGCCCUUCCUCCACACUACUCCUAAAUGCAGAUCUGAAUAUGUCACUCCCAUGUUACAAAGUCUUUAUGGUUCUACAGUAUCUCCUGUGAUGAAGCCCAGGGUCCUUACUAUGAUCUGAAAGGUAGAUGUAAAGACACAACUAUAGCAAUGUUAUUCAAAGUUUGUUACCAAUCUGCAAUGAAACAAUUUCAGAAAUUAAGUGUAAGCAUUUAGAAACUUUUAUAGCAAUUUGACAGAAAAGUUUUAUAUUUAUUGAAUCUAAUAAAAAUGGGGAUUUUAUUUCAUUUUUCUACUAACUCACUUUUUGUGUAUUUUAUAGACGUAGUGGACAAUAGAUGGGGAUUUCUUAAAUUGGUCCUUUACUAUAGUUUGAGAAGCCCUAGUCUAUAAUAUCCUUAAUGGCCUCGUACACCUCCCUGGGCUCCUUUUUAAGUACCACCACCACCCAUCCAGCAAUAAUUAACAAUUUCUAGUUUCUCAAACAUAUUGUUUCAUACUUCCAGGUAAGUUUACAUUCUGCUCUCUCUGACUUGACUGUGGCUUCCUUCUGGAAAUCUGUUCAGACUUCAGAAUCCCAGGCUGCAUCAUCUCCUUUAGAUGUCUGUCAAAACCUGUCCCUCACAACUCCAGGCAGAAUAGAUCACUGGCUUCCUAUACUUAUGGCACCGUUUGUACCCCGUAUUAUUGCAUUACAUUGUAGUUGUUUAUCCGUCUAUCAUCUCCCCUACGAGUCUAUGCGCUCCUUAAAGGCAGUUCCUUUGUCUUUUUGAGGCACAGUGAAGCACCUCCUCAAAGAUGCCUAAAUUGAAGGAUAACACUCCUUAGACUAUAAUUCUAAUAUGUUACUGAAAAAGGAAAAAAGGAUCAUUACUUUAUAUUUUUCUAUUAUCAGCAAAGAUUUCAGCCUUCUACCUUUAACACCUGGGCAUGAAUUAAUUUACCAGAAUAGUGGACAUUUUAGAAGGUCAAGGAACCAGACUUGUGAGACUUGCUGGAAACUUUAAGAAGGAUGGAGACAUGGAAAACAAAUGUCUCCACUUAAACAGUUUUGCCCACGUUCAGCUCCUUUUGGAGUAAAAUCUAUGUCAAUUGCCCUUUUCAGAGUUGCUCGGGCCUAGAAAUAGCAUCAUCAACCCGUUUGUUUCAGAGGGCCCACCAGAUACCCGAGCUACCCCGCAGAGGUCUUGGGCUAUGGGUGAAACAAGCAACUAUAAGUGAGUGUACACAGAGCCAUGAGGCCACUGAGGGAUGGGAGCAAUUCUGCCCAGAGGGAGUACAGGAAGGAGAGGGUCCAAGAAGGUGACAUUUGAGCCAGACCUUGCAAAGUAAGUUGGAUUCAGCCUGGUGAAAAAUUGGGCGGGGUGAGGGGAUGCGGGUUAGACGUGCAAUCUGCUAAUUAAAAUGUACACAUCCCUGGGAAUGAGAGUCCGCCAGGUUCGGGAUUUCCUCACUCCUCUUUCACCCAAUUUCUUCACCGUCUUUUCCCCUUUUCUUGGAAAAUUGGGACUGAGGAUACUGUUUCCCAUCCUGGA